AUGAAAAUUUUAAAAUUCAUUUUAAUUCUUUGUUUAUUAUUAACAUUAAACAAUGUCAGUAGUGGUAGUUCAAUUGAAUCAUCAAAAGAAAAUAAUACACUAUCUUCCUCUCUUGAUUCAACAACAGAAACCUCAUUAGAUUCCUCAACUAUAAACAAUGAUAAUAACACUACAUAUACAAAUUAUACAUGCACUGAAAAUGAAUCAUGUAAAUUAGAAAUUGAAGUUUGUUUAAAGACAUUAGGUAGUGGUAGUGAUGGUAAAGAUAAAAAAUCAGAUGAUAAUUGUAAUUGUAAUUGUGAUUGUGAAUGCCAUAAAAAGAAUAAUUCAACCACCUCGUCAACAAAUUCAAAUUGUGUUCCAAGAGAAUCAUUAAAAAUUAAAUUAUUACCAACACUUGUAAAUUCAUGGGAUAAUUUCACUCAAUUCGAUAUCACAAUUGAAAAUGGUUCUGAUAGAAAUAUUAAACAAAUUUACAUUGGUUAUGAUGAAUCAUUAUCAUUACGUGAUGAUAAAUCACUUUGGAAUAUGGUUAUCUCUGAUUCAAAAGAAAAUAUUUUAAUUUUACCACAAUAUCAACAAACAAUUAAUUCAAUGUCAAAUUAUACAUUUGGUUAUAUUAAAAGUGGUAAUAAUCCUGCUCAAUUAAUAAUUAAUGAAAUCAUUCUUGAAUAA